AUACAAGGAUUAUAAAACAUGGGUCUAAGGUUUAAAGACUUUCCCACUGAUAUCUUACAAGGUGUUUCUUUUUUCGCUUUUUAUACUUUUUUUUUUUAGGAUUGUUUGAAAUUUCUUUUACAUAAAUAGGAAGAGAUGUCCCACCCGCUCAUUACACUAUCAAAUUGGAGUCAUUCUCGAGAUUGGCUAAAUCCUCGAUACUCAAAUACACCUCCGAUAAAUUUGAAGUCGGUAACUACAAAUGUUAUGCAGGGAAUUGCAGAUCCAUCCCAAUGGGAACAAUGAGAAAGGAGGGAAAGAUCAUAUUUCGAUAUAUUUAAACUUGGUUGAAACUUCAUCCCUUGGUCCCGGUUGGGAAGUGAACGUCUACUUCAAUUUUCUUGUGUAUGAUCAAUUAAGAGAUAAAUAUUUUAGUAUCCCGGAUUCAAAAGUGAUGCGGUUUCACGCGUUAAAAAGCCAAUGGGGAAUUGCUAAAUUCAUUGAUCACGAUACUUUUAACGAUUCUUCAAAUGGAUACCUAGUGAAAGACACUUGCGUGUUUGGUGCAGAGGUUUUUAUAAUCCAACAAUCGCGAAAGUUGGAUGUUUUGUCUUUAUUGCCCGAAGAAAGUAGAUAUAAUCUUGUCACCCAUGUUUGGAAGGUUAAAUCAUUUUCUAAUCUUCAGCUCGAACGCUACGAGUCUGAUGCAUUCAACUGCGGCGACUAUAAAUGGAGAAUCAGAAUCUAUCCUAAUGGAAAUGGGGAGGGCAAAGGGAAUAGCAUUUCGACUUUUUUAUGUUUGGAUGAAACAACUCUUCCGCUUGAUACUAAAGUUUGUGCCAAUGUCAAAUUUUGCAUAAAAAAUGAGGACAAAUCGGCCAACUUUGAUUACGAAGUGAUCGGUACUCACUUUCGCCAAUCAUUAUCAAGUUGGGGAUCUCAAAAAUUAAUGUCAUUGGCUAAACUACGAGAUCCAACAACAGGGUUCUUGGUGGAUGAUAAUAUCGUUAUUAAAGUAUUUGUUACCAUUAUUGGGAUUGUUACUGCACAAUGAUCUUACCUAAUAAAUAUUUCAUAACUUCAAUUAUUUAUAAAGCCUCUUUAUGUAUUUUUAUUUCUCACUUUUAAUUAGUCACAAAUAAAUCUCAUAUUAAAGUAGUUAUAA